UCCCGCGGAGAAGAUGGCGGCGGAGGGAGCGGCGCUCUGGCCGGGUGGCAGAACUCGCUCGGCUGGGUGAGGGGAACGGGAUGGGACCGUCCGCCCCAAAGACCUCUCCCUUCUCAAGGAACUCCCUACCCCGCCACGGAGACCUCGGUCCAGCCCUGCUGCAUCACAAGGAGCCCCCCCAGCCUUCCUCCCUCUGCUCACCCGCACCUUCUCCAGCCAAGGGAGCCCCUCUCCGCCUUGCUACCCCUCCUCAUUUUGGGGUCAUCUCUCCCCUGUUGCAUGACGGACCACUGAGUGGGCGUGGGGUGGGGUUAUCUGUUGCCUGUCUACCCUUCUACUCCCCAAGGCAGCUGCUGCUCCAUUUUAUUUUAAUAAUCACGAUUUCCACCUCCUUUUCAUACUUUGCCGCAGGAACGGACCCGCAAGUCCAUAGGUGGCGGAAGGGUCCCCACCCUCCUCUUCCCCCUCCUCCUCCCCACCCCUUAAGGGGCGGUGAUCGCGGCGGAGAGGAAAGAAAAGGAUGCCACGGAAGCUGUUGUUGCCUUACAAAUCUGUUUUUUCUCACUUUCGAGCUCCUCGGGGGUUGCAUGACUCUUUGGCGAUGAACGCGGCCAGAAGUGGCUACCGGGUCUUCUCGGCCAAUUCUACCGCAGCCUCCACCGAGCUGGCGAAGAAGAUCACGGAGCGUCUUGGUGCUGAGCUGGGGAAAUCUGUGGUGUACCAGGAAACCAAUGGAGAAACAAGAGUUGAAAUAAAAGAGUCUGUCCGUGGACAGGAUAUCUUCAUCAUACAGACAAUCCCCAGAGAUGUGAAUACUGCUGUCAUGGAGCUGCUGAUCAUGGCCUAUGCACUGAAGACUUCCUGUGCCAGGAACAUCAUUGGGGUCAUCCCUUACUUCCCCUACAGCAAACAGAGCAAAAUGAGGAAGAGGGGCUCCAUAGUGUGCAAGCUGCUGGCUUCAAUGCUUGCCAAGGCAGGUUUAACACACAUUAUCACUAUGGACCUUCAUCAAAAGGAAAUCCAAGGCUUCUUCAGCUUUCCAGUAGACAACCUGAGAGCAUCCCCUUUCUUGCUUCAGUAUAUACAGGAAGAAAUUCCAGAUUACAGAAAUGCAGUUAUUGUAGCCAAAUCUCCUGGUGCUGCUAAAAGGGCUCAGUCUUACGCCGAGAGGCUGCGGCUGGGGCUGGCAGUGAUCCAUGGAGAGGCUCAGUGCACAGAGCAGGACAUGGAUGACGGGCGUCACUCCCCUCCAAUGCUCAAAAAUGCAACUGUGCAUCCUGGCCUGGAGCUGCCGUUGAUGAUGGCCAAGGAGAAACCGCCAAUAACUGUGGUUGGAGAUGUUGGAGGAAGAAUUGCCAUCAUUGUGGAUGACAUCAUCGAUGAUGUGGAAAGCUUUGUAGCUGCUGCAGAGAUCCUGAAAGAGCGUGGAGCCUACAAGAUUUUUGUGAUGGCUACUCAUGGGCUCCUGUCAGCAGAUGCUCCCCGUCUCAUAGAGGAAUCCUCCAUUGAUGAGGUGGUAGUGACCAACACUGUUCCUCACGAGGUGCAGAAGCUGCAGUGCCCCAAGAUAAAGACUGUGGAUAUCAGUUUGAUCCUCUCGGAAGCCAUCCGGCGAAUCCACAACGGCGAGUCCAUGGCCUAUCUCUUCCGCAACAUCACUGUCGACGACUAGACCUGAGCCUGCCCCCAUCCUGGAUUCCACAAGAGGAGGAAAUCUGCAUGGAAAGGCAAUACCAUAAAACAUAGGCAUAACACAACUGUUUAUUUUUGUAGGAGCGUUGAGGUUUUCAGGGUCUUGAGCCAUGAGAUCUAAUAGAAAAAGAAUCAACUUGACCAGCACUUUACAAGUGAACAGAAGGGGCCACUGGCAGUGGGAGGGAUUACACCUUAAUUAAGAGAGAUGGAGAAAUGAGGUGAUGUUGAAUUUUUAAGUUCCUUUAAUGAUUUUUUUUUUUUUUUUAGUGUGUUAUUUGUUGCCCUUUAGGGGCAGAACAAAAAGCUAAACAGAAGUAGCUGUCAGCUUGUGAGAAGGGAACAGAGACUGUUCAUGGCUGUGUGGGCAACGAGAGCAGCCUUUGGUGUUGUUUCUGCCUGUAUCUUGCCCCAGAGCACGGAAGGGAACGUUCAGGCUGUGCUGCUGGCAGAGCUGAGCCAACAGCAGCUCCGUGCCAGCUCAGUGGCCUCUCCUCUCCUGCACAGCAGAGCAGGGACUUUCAGCAAAACUAAGUUAGCGGAACAUCCUGAAAGGACAGCUUAGGGCAACCCAUUGGCAGGGCUGCUCCCAUCCCUGGGUCAGGGAGCUGGGAACAGGCUCACGUGUGUGUCCCAGCAGAGCAGGGAGUGCUAGUUAAUGUGUUGGCCUUUUCAUUUUGCGAGCUUUGGAUCAUUUUUGCUCUUCAGUGACGAGUCACGUGAGGGUCUUGGUCCUCACUGGAACACUCGUCUGCACUGCAAAACCAGGCACAAUUUUUGGAGUUGCCUGGACCUGAGUUUGUGGCAGAGUCAUGUGGGGAAGGGAAGUUGGAACAAUAUCUGCUUCUAAUGCAGCUGUGCUCUCCAAAACACUAACACUGAACCUGCAAUAAAAAGUGUAAGAUUUUUCA